GGAUGGGUCUGGAACCAAAUGUUUGUGCUGGAAGAGUUUAUUGGGCCGGAUCCAAUCCUGGUUGGCAGGCUCCACACGGAUUUCGACGCGGGCAGUAGAAACGUGAAGUACGUGCUGUCGGGCGAGGGCGCCGGCACCAUCUUCUCCAUCAACGAGAAGACGGGCGACAUCCACGCCAUGAAGAAGCUGGACCGCGAGGAGAAGGCGGAGUACACGCUCACCGCCCAGGUGGUCAACCUGGACACCAACCAGCCAAUCGAGGCGCCCUCGGAGUUCAUCAUCAAGGUGCAGGACAUCAACGACAACCCGCCACAGUUCAUCGACGGGCCCUACCUGGCGUCUGUACCGGAGAUGUCCUCUGUUGCGGUUAUUGGCAUCGCACUGCAGGGGAUGGACCGCGAGGUGCGGGAUGAGUACCAGGUGGUGAUCCAGGCGAAGGAUAUGGGAGGUCACAUGGGGGGACUGUCGGGAACCACCACCGUCACCGUUAAGCUCACCGACAUCAACGACAACCCUCCCAAGUUCCCCAAGAACUUCUAUGACUUUAUAUUCUCGGAGAGCCUGGGCGUCGGCAAGGCGGGAGGGAGAGUGAAGGCGCUGGACAAAGAUAUCGGGGAGAACGCCAGGUGCAUGUACAGCAUCAUCUCUGGCAACGAGAGAGGAAUCUUCGAGAUGAGCACGGACAGUCAGACCCAGGAAGGACUUAUCAUGCUGAAGAAGCCUCUGGACUUUGAGACGCAGAAGCAGUACAACCUGACGGUGGAGGUGGCCAACGUGAACCUGGGGCCCGUCGGACCGUUCAAAGACACCACGACUGUGCGCAUCGCCGUGGAGGACGCGGACGAGCCACCUAUCUUUACGAGGCCCGCGUAUCUAAUGGAGGUGAAGGAGAACGCACCCAUCAACACCAUCAUCGGCCAAGUCAGCGCCAGAGACCCGGACUCCAUCGGAAGUUCCAUCAGGUACUUCAUUGACCGCCACACUGACCUGGAGCGCCAAUUCAACAUCAAUGCGGACGACGGCAAGAUAACUCUAGCCAAGCCGCUGGACAGGGAAACGGACAUGUGGCACAACAUCACCGUUACCGCCACCGAAAUACGCAACCAGAGCCAGAUCUCGAGGACCAGGGUGUCUAUUCGAGUCUUGGACAUCAAUGACAAUGCUCCAGAGUUCGCCACCGAGUUUGAAGCCUUUCUCUGCGAGAACGGGAAGCCAGGGCAGGUGAUCCAGACGGUUAGUGCGGUGGAUAGGGAUGACCCGGUGCAGCCACAUUUCUUCCAGUAUCGCCUCCUACCAGAGAUGCUCAAUAACCCCAACUUCACCAUCAAGAACAAUGGAGAUAACUCGAUUAGCAUCCUGGCCAAGCACGACGCGUUCCGGCGACAGAAGCAGGAGAUGUACUUCCUGCCCAUCAUCGUGUCUGACAACGGCAACCCUCCCAUGAGCAGUACCAACACGCUGACCAUCCGCGUGUGCGGCUGCAGCAGGGAGGGCAUCGUGCAGUCCUGCAACGUAGAGGCCUACGUGCUGCCCAUCGGCCUCAGCAUGGGGGCGCUCAUCGCCAUCUUAGCCUGCAUCAUCCUGCUGUUAGUCAUUGUGGUCCUGUUUGUGACGCUGCGACGCCACAAGAACGAGCCGCUGAUCAUCAAGGACGAUGAGGACGUGCGCGAGAACAUCAUCCGCUACGACGAUGAGGGCGGCGGCGAGGAGGACACGGAGGCCUUCGACAUCGCCACGCUGCAGAACCCCGACGGCAUCAACGGCUACCUGCCGCGCAAGGACAUCAAGCCCGACCUGCAGUUCAUGCCGCGCCAGGGCCCGGGCCAUGGCGGGCCCAACGGCGUGGACGUGGACGAGUUCAUCAACGUCAGGCUGCACGAGGCCGACAACGACCCCACGGCGCCCCCGUACGACUCCAUCCAGAUCUACGGCUACGAGGGGCGCGGGUCGAUAGCGGGGUCGCUGAGCUCGCUGGAGACGACGGCGUCGUCGGACUCGGACCAGAACUACGACUACCUCAGGGAGUGGGGGCCGCGCUUCAGGAGACUGGGGGAGCUGUACUCGCUGGGGGAGAGCGACAAGGAGACUUGA